UUAACGGUUGCGGUAUUUCAUUCUCCAACAAGCAGUGGCUCAAGCUUCGGUCGACCCCAGCGUUACAGGGUCCAUGACGCUAGCUUGAACUCUUCGCUCUUCUGCUUUUGGGUAUUAUGGUCCUUGGCUGACCACGUUUCCUUACUCACCCAAGUCCAACCACACCCAGGUCUCUCUCAUCUCCCAGAUCCCACCCCCCCCCGACCAAAAACCCAGAAAAAUCAUUUUCCUUUCAUCUCCGAAGUCUUCCUCAAUGAACCCAAAUCCCAAUCCGCAAUGUUAAAUCCUCUCCUCAAAAACCCAUCUCCCAAACUCUUUUCCCUCUCAUUACUCCGCCACCAUAUCCUCGCCUUCAGCUCCCAACCAACCAACCAAUCUUCAUUAGUCUCCAAAAUCUGCAAUAUAUUAUCCCAUCGUCAAUGGAAACAAAAUUUAGAACUCCUUCACUUAACCUCCGACCUGAAACCCCACCACGUGUCCCAAAUAAUCACCACCCACAAAAACACUGACUCCGUUUUGGAAUUCUUUUUCUGGGUCUCAAUGCGGCAUUUUUACAAGCAUGACAUGGGUUGUUACGUUUUGAUGUUGAAUAGGCUCGCUAAAGAUCGAAAGUUUCCUCCGGUGGAUCAUGUUAGGAUUCUGAUGAUCAAGGCUUGUAGAAAUCAGGAAGAAGUUAAAAGGGUAAUUGAGUUUUUAAAUGGGUUUAAUCAGAAUUCUGGUUUUGGCUUUACUCUAUAUAGUUUCAAUACACUUUUGAUUCAAUGCGGAAAAUUUGAGAUGGUUAGUUUAGCUCAAGAUGUUUAUAGCCAAAUGUUGAAUACUGGGAUUAAACCAAGUUUAUUGACAUGUAAUACUAUGAUUAAUAUUUUUUGUAAGAAAGGGAAGGUUCAUGAGGCUGAGUUGAUUUUCAACAAGAUUUUUCAAUACAAUAUGUGCCCAGAUACGUUUACUUAUACGUCGUUGAUUUUAGGGUAUUGUAGGAAUCAGAAUUUGGAUUUGGCUUUUGAGGUUUUCUAUAAAAUGGUGAAGGAGGAUUGUGAUCCUAAUUCGGUCACGUAUUCAAAUUUGAUCAAUGGGUUGUGCAAUGUAGGUAGGGUAGAUGAGGCACUUGGUAUGUUCGAAGAGAUGGUUGAGAAAGGGAUUAAACCGACUGUUUAUACUUAUACUGUUCCGAUUAGUUCAUUAUGUGAGUUUGGUCGUGUGGAUGAGGCAAUUGAAAUUGUGGGUAGUAUGAGGACGUGGGGGUGUUAUCCUAAUGUGCAGACGUAUACCGCAUUAAUAAGUGGAUUAUUUCGGGUGCAGAAGCUUGAAAUGGCAGUUGGAUUCUACCACAAAAUGGUAAAGAAUGGUUUGGUUCCUAGCACGGUUACGUACAAUGUACUAAUAAAUGAAUUGUGUGCUGAAGGAAGAUUUGCCAUUGCUUUGGAUAUUUUUAAUUGGAUGCUGAGACACAGUACAUUGCCGAAUACCCAAACAUACAAUGAGAUUAUAAAAGCAUUGUGCUUAAUGGGUGACACUGAGAAGGCAAUGGCUCUCUUCCACAAAAUGCUCAGGAUUGGUCCCUCUCCAACUUUGAUAACCUAUAACACACUUAUUGGGGGAUACCUUAGAAAAGGGAAUCUAAACAAUGCUAUGAGAUUGUUAGAUAUGAUAAAGGAGACUGAACGUGGACCUGAUGAGUGGACUUAUUCUGAACUUAUUUCAGGGUUUUGCAAGUGGGGACAGUUGGAUUCAGCAGUCAGUCUUUUCUGUGAAAUGAUAGAACGUGGGCUAACUCCAAAUCAGGUUAGUUACACUGCUAUGAUUGAUGGUUACUGUAAGGAAGGGAAAAUGGAUGCUGCCGUGUCAUUAUUUGAGAGGAUGGAGCAACAUGGCUGCUGUCCUGAGAUUGAAACUUAUAAUGCCAUAAUAAAUGGUUUGUCUCAAAACAAUCAGUUUUCUGAAGUGGAAAAAUUAAUCAGUAAGAUGGUAGAGAAAGGAUUGCGGCCUAAUGUCAUUACCUACACAUGUAUGAUCGAUGGGAUUUGUAAAAAUGGUGGGACUGAUCUUGCAUUUAGGGUUUUCCUGGAAAUGAAAGAGAGAAAUUGCUCACCAAAUGUUUACACAUAUAGUUCACUUAUUCAUGGCCUAUGUCAAGAGGGGAAGGCUAAUCAUGCAGAAAAUUUACUUGAUGAAAUGAUAGGCAAAGAAUUGGCACCUGAUGAGGUAACAUUUACCUCACUCAUUGAUGGUUUUGUUAUGCUUGGUAGGUUAGAUCACGCAUUCUUGCUUCUGCGUCGGAUGCUUGAUGCAGGUUGUAAACCUAAUUACAGAACUUUCAGUGUGUUGUCGAAAGGGUUGCAAAAAGAAUUCAAGUUGCUAACAGAAAAGGUUGUUUCUCAAAACAGAGUGGUGUGUGGUGGUAGAAUUGAUGACAGAUUUGCAAAUUUUGGGUUGAUGCGUAACCUCCUAUCUACAUUGUCUGGCAAUGGUUGUGAACCUAAUGUUGAUAUAUACAGUGCAUUAGUCACUGGCUUGUGUAGGGAAGGCAGAUAUUAUGAGGCAAGUCAGUUAGUGGCACAUAUGAAAGAGAAAGGUCUUUGUCCCAAUAAAGACAUCUUGUUCUCUCUAAUAUUUGCACAAUGUAGGAACUUAGAAGUGGAUCAUGCUCUAGAAACUUUUAACCUCACAUUGAUUAAAGGUUGGGAGCCUCCUUUAUCAAAUUAUAGAGAAGUCAUUUGUGCCCUUUGCAAGGCGGGUCGAGUGAAAGAAGUUCAGAAUUUGUUUGAGAGCUUGAUUGAGAAACAAUGGAGUUCUGAUGAGAUUGUUUGGACGGUGUUGAUUGAUGGUUUGCUGAAGGAAGGAGAAUCAGAUUUAUGCAUGAAGCUUCUUCAUGUCAUGGAAUCUAGAAAUUGUCCUCCUAAUUUUCAGACAUAUGUAAUUUUGGCCAGAGAAUUCUCGAAAUAUGGAUUGAUAGAAGUAGAUCAAAUUGGUAACAAGUUGAGAAUUGUGAGGAAUACACAAUGAGUUGAGCUUGCUUCUAAGAGCCGGAAUGUAGCACCAUCCCCAGCAAGACGGAUAAAUAUAUCUUUCAAAUGGGCUUUGGUUAUAAACAGAUUGAUUGCACACAUGUAAAUAAAAUUUUGGGUUCUCAUUACUUUGUAGCUCCAUCAUUUUGUAAAUGAAACUGGAUAUUUUUUAAAUUUGAUAGUUGGACCCCAUGGCAAGAUAGCAAGAAGAUACUUGUGGGCUAGAAGAACUGAUCAUGCUCAGAUGUCCCACGUAUUUUGUCCUAAUUAUGGAGUUCAACAAUUCUUGAAGGAUAUGAAUUUCUGAGCUUUAAAGUAAUCAAAUUCUUGAACUGUUAGAAAAGUGCAGUUUAUUGUACUGCUAUCGCUAGUGGAGCAAAAUGCUACUCAUUACUGCCAGCAUCUUGCUAAGCAUCUGCUGGAUUUCAUUAUGUGCUGAGUUGUUUGCAAUGCUGUCUCGUACAUAUUCAAUCAACCUUGAUAACUGGUUAUGAAGCAAAACCAGAUUGGAGAAGCAUCAUUCAAAUGGAAAAGAAAAGAUUCCAUAAAAUGACGAUUUCUUGUCAGCAAAUUUGAUUUCCAUCCAAAAAUUUGUGUGAUCAUAUAUUUUUUGACAUCAUAUUUAUUUCACAUCACCAUUGUUCCAUGGAAUAUUUCUCCAGAUGGUAAAUGUGGAAAAAUAUGCACCCUCUCCAAAAUAAAAGAGAAGAAAAAGGGCGGGGAAUUGGGACUUGCACGAUAACUAUUUUGAAUUCACUAUAUAUGCGUCUUCUCUGAGUAGCCAUGCACAACUAAGCUCUCAGCCAAAAGCUCAAACAGUGACUUCCCCUACCUAACCUGCAUUUGUCAUUUAUUCUCUUAUUCACUCUCUCUAAUAUAACCAUUGCACUACUUUUUACAUGGCUGGCCUGGCAUGUUCUCUCUAAGUUCUUGAAGUCUCACCUCGCCCUCAGACCAUGUCUGUCAAUCCCUCCCUCUUUCUCUUCACUUUCGUUGGGCUCUAUAACCUGCUUUUGAUUGUGUGGCAAUACCAUAAGGAUGUACCUCAAAGUGCCCUCAUGAAAAAGCUUCCAUGGGGAUUGAGCAUCAAUCAUAUCCCUUUUGGGAGAAACCAUAAAGUAGUUAACAACAGAUCAAUAUUAUUAAUAUAGUGUUUCACUA